AUAAAAAUAAAAUUAUAAAAAGGGAAAUUUCUGUCUCAACUGAUUUUUUUUUUCUAUUUUUUUGGGAUUUAUAUAUUUCGAAUAUCGAGAAACUGUUGGAGGAAUGGAAUUAGACGUUGUUGAAUCGAAGAUCAGAGACUUUGACCUUUGGAUUAAUGCAUUGUUUGGAUAAACAUAUCUUUGACGUGUUUUAAGACGUUAUUAGGUUUUCUUAUUUUGAUCUGCGAAAGAUUUUAGGCUAUGGAUCUUCUAAAAUUCGCGGAUUUGAAAGGAAAGAAAAUGGAACCUUGGUAUCACAUAUGCAUUUUUUGCUGAAACGAUAACACAAGUACACCCCGAUAGAUUUUGUUGGAAUAGUCAUACAGCUUGUAUGUAUUUAUAUAUGAAAUGGGCUCCCGAGGAAGACUAUUGUUUGAUCUUAAUGAACCCCCAGCCGAAGAUGAUGAGGAGAGUGAUAGCGCUACCUGCUUAAAGCCACAAAAGGCACUUCCAUCUACAAAUCCCCAUGUUUCUGACUUGCUUGUGACAGCCGCAGCUUCGCAACGAAUUUUAAAUAACCAUGCAUUCUCACAUGCAUCAUCUGGUUCGGGUUUUCAGCCUUUUGUUCGGCCUAAAGCUUCUCCUUGCCUUGAAGUAAGUGUUGAACCCAAGAGGUCAGGAGAUCAGGAUCCCAAUUUGGCAUCAUCUUCUUUGAAGUCAAAUAACAGUGGGGAGACAAAAGCUCAUGUAGCAGCUUCCUUUGUUUCGGGUUUUGCAAAUUCUCAAGCUGCGGAAAGAGAAGAAGGUGAAUGGUCUGAUGCUGAGGGUUCUGCUGAUGCAUAUGGAAAUAAUAGACUGCAUGAAGAGGUUAAAACUUCACAAGAGCAAGGUUUACAGGAAGUGAUGGAUUCUAGUGCUUCAGGUGUCACUCUUGAAAGUGUCAGUGCUGCUGAAAACAGUCAUUCUCCAUUAAGACUAGAUCAAAAUCUUAGUAAUCAGAAAGGCAAUAGUGUCCAAAAUUCAGAAGGCAAUGGUAAAGGUGAUAUAUUCAUUAAUGGUCAAGAAGAACCUAUCUUAGUGCCAAAACAAAGAGAAGUUAAAGGUAUUGAAGCUAGUCAUGCACUUAAGUGUGCAAAUAAUCCAGGAAAGAGGAAGAUAGACCAACAGAAAGAAGCAAUGCUGGGAAAGAAACGGAAUAGGAAGACCAUGUUUCUUAAUUUGGAAGAUGUCAAACAAGCUGGCCCUAUAAAAACUUCUACUCCAAGAAGGCAGAACUUUCCAACGCCAGUUGUUACUCGUACUGUAAAAGAAAUUCGUACUAUUCCUCCACCUGGUGAACGUGUUGGAGAAAAGCAAGGUCAGCAAAUAAAUGAGGAUAAUAAGCAAGUUGAUUUACCAUGUAAUGAAGGAAGCAAUCCUGUAGUGGAGUCAUUUGAUCCUAUAUCUGAAUGUAAUGGUGAUACGAAUUCUGGACUCCUUGCCAGGCCUAGAAGGUUAAAUAGUGACACUGAUCUUUCAGAGGCUCAUCUACCACUCAUUCCAAGACAGAGUUCAUGGAAACAACCUAUAGAUUCGAGGCAGCUUAAGAAUUUACAGUUUUCUAAUAGAAAGCCAGCUCCAAUCAGCCAAAGUUCUAUGGAAGCAAAGAUAGUAAACAAGAAACAUCUUCCUUCUAAAAAGACAACUGCUACUAGUACCUCGUAUCAAGACACAUCUGUGGAACGUCUUAUACGAGAGGUGACCAAUGAAAAGUUUUGGCAUCACCCAGAGGAUACUGAACUCCAGUGCGUUCCCGGACAGUUUGAAUCUGUAGAAGAAUAUGUCAGAGUAUUUGAGCCUUUGCUUUUUGAGGAAUGCCGUGCACAACUUUACAGCACAUGGGAAGAGUUAGCUGAAUCAGCUUCAAGAGAUAUACAUAUAAUGGUCCGUAUCAAAAACAUUGAAAGGCGAGAAAGAGGAUGGUAUGAUGUGAUAGUUCUUCCUGCUAAUGAGUGCAAGUGGGUAUUUAAGGAGGGUGACGUUGCAGUUUUAUCGGCCCCGAGGCCCGGCUCAGUUAGAACCAAACGGACCAACACGUCUUCAAUCGAGGAAGAUGAUGAGGCUGAGGUUACUGGACGUGUGGUUGGUACUGUUAGGCGACACAUACCCCUUGAUACUCGUGAGCCUCUUGGUGCAAUCCUUCACUUUUAUGUUGGGGAUUCCUAUGAUUCAAAUGGCAAGGUUGAUGAAGAUCACAUUCUGCGGAAACUUCAACCCAGGGCUAUCUGGUAUCUAACUGUUCUUGGAUCUCUUGCAACUACCCAGCGUGAGUAUGUGGCAUUGCAUGCAUUUUGUCGUCUUAAUUCCCAGAUGCAAACUGCAAUCCUUAAACCAAGUCCAGAUCACUUUCCAAAAUAUGAGCAGCAAACUCCUGCUAUGCCUGAAUGCUUCACGCCAAAUUUUGUUGAUUAUUUGCGUAGGACCUUUAAUGGGCCUCAGCUUGCAGCAAUCCAGUGGGCAGCUACGCAUACAGCUGCUGGAACAAGUAGUGGGGUAACAAAGAGGCAGGAGCCGUGGCCUUUUACACUUGUUCAAGGGCCUCCUGGAACGGGUAAGACACAUACAGUCUGGGGGAUGCUAAAUGUGAUCCAUCUGGUUCAAUAUCAACACUAUUAUACCUCUUUGCUUAAGAAAUUAGCACCUGAGAGCUAUAAGCAAGCUAAUGAGAGCAAUCCUGACAAUGUUGCAAUGGGUUCGAUUGAUGAAGUCCUUCAGAACAUGGACCAGAAUCUUUUCCGCACCCUUCCAAAACUCUGCCCAAAACCCAGAAUGUUAGUUUGUGCUCCUUCUAAUGCUGCAACUGAUGAGCUUCUUGCUCGAGUUCUUGGUCGAGGAUUUAUUGAUGGUGAGAUGAAAAUCUACCGUCCUGAUGUGGCCAGAGUUGGGGUAGACUCUCAAACACGGGCUGCCCAGGCAGUUUCUGUUGAGCGGAGAACUGAACAACUUCUACUCAAGAGUCGUGAAGAAAUUUUAGGACAUAUGCACACUUUAAGGGCUCGGGAAGGUAUGUUAUCUCAGCAGAUAGCUACUCUUCAGAGGGAACUUACUGCCACAGCUGCUGCUGUUCGGUCCCAAGGAUCUGUCGGUGUAGACCCUGAUAUUCUUGUUGCUCGGGACCAGAACCGAGAUGUACUGUUACAGAACCUGGCUGCAGUUGUUGAAAACAGAGAUAAGGUUCUAGUUGAGAUGUCUCGCCUUCUCAUUUUAGAAGCUAGGUUCCGUGCUGGCAGUAACUUCAACUUAGAAGAAGCCCGUGCUAACCUUGAGGCGAGCUUUGCCAAUGAGGCUGAGAUUGUUUUCACUACAGUUUCGAGUAGUGGUCGUAAGUUGUUCUCUCGCCUUACGCAUGGUUUUGAUAUGGUUGUCAUUGAUGAGGCAGCUCAAGCCAGUGAAGUUGCAGUUCUUCCUCCCCUUUCUCUUGGUGCAGCAAGAUGCGUACUUGUUGGGGAUCCCCAGCAGCUUCCUGCAACAGUCAUUAGCAAGGCUGCUGGGACCCUCUUAUACAGUAGAAGCCUUUUUGAAAGGUUCCAGCAAGCAGGAUGCCCAACUAUGUUGUUGUCUGUGCAAUAUAGGAUGCAUCCCCAAAUUAGGGAUUUUCCUUCUAGGUACUUCUACCAAGGACGUCUUACUGAUAGUGAAAGUGUUUCUAACUUACCUGACGAGGCUUACUACAAGGACCCUUUACUUAAACCUUAUUUAUUCUAUGAUAUUACCCAUGGCCGGGAGUCCCAUAGAGGUGGAUCUGUAUCGUAUCAAAAUGUGCAUGAGGCAGUGUUUUGUUUGCGCUUGUAUGAGUAUCUACAGAAAACUUUAAAAUCUUUCGGUGUGCCCAAAAUCACCAUGGGUAUAAUCACACCAUACAAGCUGCAACUAAAAUGCCUACAACGUGAGUUUGAAAGUGUUAUAAAAUCAGAGGAAGGGAAGGAUCUAUAUAUUAAUACUGUAGAUGCUUUCCAGGGCCAGGAACGUGAUGUUAUUAUUAUGUCUUGUGUCCGGGCCUCUAGUCAUGGUGUGGGCUUUGUUGCAGACAUUCGUCGAAUGAAUGUUGCUCUUACUCGUGCUAGAAGGGCUUUGUGGGUUAUGGGUAAUGCCAAUGCUCUGGUGCAAUCUGAUGACUGGGCAGCCUUAAUUGCUGAUGCCAAAGCCAGGAAUUGUUAUAUGGAUAUGGAUUCUCUCCCCAAGGACUUCCCUAAAGACUUACUCUCCAGAGAUUUUUCAGGGCCAAGGGGACUUGGUUACCCUGCAUCACAGGGUAAGGCUUCUAAUAUGAGAGGUUUAAGGUCUGCUGGACCAAGACACAGAUCAUUAGAUAUGCACAUGGACUCCAGGUCAGGAACACCAUCAGAAGAUGAGGACAAGUCAGGAACAUCAGUAAUUUCUAGGAAUGGGAAUUAUUGGCCAUUUAAGCCACCAAUGGAGACUUCCUUGGAUGAUUUUGAUCAGUCGGGUGAUAAAUCUAGAGAUGCCUGGCAAUAUGGUAUACAGAAGAAGCAAAAUUCUGCUGGUGCUGUGGGGAAAAAAGAUUCCUAGCGGUUGAUUAUUUUUCUAAAAAUUGUUUGUGUGCAGCGAAGAGCCUUGGAGCAUAACUUUAUUUGUAAUCCUUGUGAUUGAAGUUUGUGAAGAGCUCUUGGCUCCACAAGGAUUGAGUGCAUUAGCUCUUGAGAUUAUAUUCUGUUAAGCUAUUAUACACAAUUCGUGACAAGUUGGUGCCAGACUUGUGUCUAAUAAUUGCCCCAAGAUGAACAAGAUGAGAGGUUUUGUAAGGGGCACCAAUGAAGUUUUGCUCAAAGCCUGGGUACUUUGUUGAAAAUCUUUCUGCCAUAUUGAUUCCUGCGAUUCUUGCAAGGAGGUGGAUGAUUUUGGGGCAGGCUUCAAAGGAAUUGAAUGCUGGCAUCAAGGAUCGUUCUGCCCUCUUGGGUUGAUAACUGAGCAAAUUAUCCAAUCUGCCAUUUCUUGGAUGAAACCUUUGAUUGAUACGGUUGGGCAGUCAUCCCAGUUUUUUGUGCAUUUUGUGUCACUCCUUAAGACUUGGCUGGCUCUGCUGUUCGGGAAUGUGUUCAUUUAGAUCGAUCACAUUCGAAAGAUGCUUUGUUCAUUCAUUAAAUUUACUAGUUCUUGCAAAAUCUCGAAGAUGACUAGCAAAGGGGUCUGCUCUGCAGGUUAUGUAGGAUCAGCACGGUUGAAAGCUGCCAGCGUGCAUUCUUUGAACAUGCAGAUGCACACUAAGGUGACUUAUUUUUGAGGUCUCCAAGAUACGGGUCGGUUAACUGAAUAUUCUUUCUUUUGUUCUUGUUUAUAUUCUUUGUUGUCUGAGGUAGGAAUACCGACUUUCCUCCAAAAUUCUGUAUAGAGAAGGAAGAAAGAAGAGUACAGAAUUUCCGUUAUGCAAUUGUGACGUUAACUUUGUACAUACACCUUCAGCUGUGGAAUCAUAUAAUUCUUUCUUGGGACUCAUCCCCUCUGCUCUCGUUAAAAUGAUGAUUCACCCUUCAUUUUCUCCAUCUGGGAUGAUCAAUGUAUAGUGUAAUUAACACAUCACGUGCUUUAGUUUACCAUCAUUUUAGAAGUUUGAACAAUACGAAAAACUCAAAACUCAAUUUGUCCUUUCACUUUUCGGGCACGUGCCUUUGUAUUCCUUACCGAAUGGGUAGAAAAGCUGCUGGGUGCAACGAAUUUGUCUGAAGGUUCUAACUUCUAAGCUCUGCUGUCAAAAGAAAAAAAAAUGAAAAAAGAAACCCAGAAAUUUGAUAAUUUAUCAGCCUCUCAACAAACUUGCCGAAUAAGAGAAAGGAAGUACUCGAACGCGAAACUAAAAAUUUAAAAACAGGGGUCUGAAUCCGAUGGGAUCCGAAUGUCUUCAAAAGGCAUCCGUAAUCCAUUUUUCUAAUCUUCAUUUUUUCUUAAAACAUUUAUGAUGAUGGUGUCCUCGACUCCAUCUGGUUUUCCAAACAUUUUCCCGCUCUAAAAGGUCAAUUCUGCCCUCAUUUAUAUCUCAGAGAUUAGUUUUGACAUUCACCAGCCAUAAAGACAGAGAAAAGGGCCCCAAAUUCUACUUUGGUGUGCCAAAGUCCAAAACCAUAAAAAUAAUAAAAAUUCUACUAAUUUGGACAGCCAUUCUCUAAAAGGUAGAAAACAAAUGCACCAGCCAAAACCAUAGAAUAAAACCAAAAAAAAAAAAAAGGGAGGGUUAAAGGAAACCCAAUUUUCCCGGUUUCUUGAUUGCAUAUGGGUUGAUCCAAGUAAUAUUCCAUCAAAACAAUCCAAGCAAUCAUCCAACCUCACUAUUCCUAUUUUUAAGGGAUACCCUUUCAGGGGUUGACCCUUUCUCUAUGAUUUUUACCAUCUGAGUUUGCACCCCCCGAAGUUGUCUCUCUUGGUUUGCCUUUUGAAGAUCCAUUCCUCAUUCCAUUAUUCCUUGAAUCUGUCAGAAAUUUUCUAUUCUUUUUCAUUUAUAUUACGCCGUUCGGAAAACAAUCUAUGGGUUAAAUUUGUCUCCAAAGUGAAGUUAAUGUGAUUUGGACCCUAUGCCCAUGUUUGGUUGGAAAUGUUUUAGUUGAAUUUUUCAAUCCCAGAUGCGGACUUCUUUGCGACAUUAAUUAUUUUCUUCUUUGGUUUGUUGUGUUGUUGGACCAACAGAAGAAAAAGGGGUUGGGGUGUAAUUAAGCAAAGUUUAUGUUAAUAUGGAUCGAAUUCUAUAGUAAUAUCUAGGUGGUUAUGUCUUGCUAUAGCAGUUGUUUAGCUCAUACAACGUCCCAACGUUUUUGGGUUUGUAAUCUGGUUUUACAUCGUUGCAGUCCACUUUGACGUAAAGUGUGGUUAAAGUCGGUUGAUCAAACAGAUCAUUCACUAAUUUCGAUAAUCUUGUUUCCUAUGAUGGUAGAAAUUACUAUGAUCCAAAGGAGAACUUGCAGAACAAUUCCUGGAUUCAAUUAAAAGGGAAAGAAAAGAAGAAAAUAAACUAAAAAUGGUUCAAUUUGUCUAUCUCUGGCAAGAGAACUGCAAUCUGAUCAGCUAUUUCACACUCUGACAGAGAUGGUUUUCUUAAAGGAAGUAAAAGGGAAAAAAAA